AUAAAAACUAACAACUUUGCAAACAUUGAAUGUUUUAAUAAAAAUGAUUUAUUGAAUAUAACAAAUAGUGGACGAUCUCAAAUGCAAUCAACAAAUAAAAUCUCUAACAAUAACAAUGAACUUUUAUUUACGGAAUCACAAGAAAAACUCACAAGUGGUGUUUUCAAGUCUAAUGAUACCAUGAAUUCUUUGGGAAUCCAGCAUGAAAUUCAACAACAGCAACCACAAUCUAAAUUAUAUGAUACUUCUAAUAAAAAGCCAGUAUUACACUGGGCUAAACUUGGUGUACCUCAGCCUGCCAGUCCUACUAGAUAUUCAGCUCCAGUACAUAUAGAUGUUGGUGGUACACUAUAUACAUCUUCAUUAAAAGCUUUAACAAAGUACCCAAACUCAAUUUUAGGCAAAAUGUUCAACGGCACAAUACCAAUUGUAUUAGAUACAAUGAAACAACAUUAUUUUAUAGAUCGUGAUGGGGUAUUAUUUAGACAUGUGCUCAAUUUUCUACGUACUAAUAAAGUUAACUUAGAUCCUAAUUUUGCAGAAUUUGAUCAGUUAGUUGAAGAAGCAACUUUUUACGGGUUAGAUGAAAUGGUUAAUCAACUCAAACAAAUCAAAAAGAAACUGAAGAGGAAAGAAACAAAUAAUAGGAAGUGUGUUCAUGAAGAAGAGACAAACGAGACAGAUAUGCCAUUUCCUCGCAAAAAACAGUUGAAAAUUGAUACUGCACAAAAAUCGGAGAUUAGUGAUAUAUGUUCUAAUUCAGUCGUAAACACUACAAUAGAAAUCUCCACUCUUCCAGAAUGUAUAACUAACAGUUCACCUUCACACCAAAAAGACCAAUUUGGAAACACUUUGCCUACGAAUAACGUAGCACAAAGUAAAUGUUUCUUUAUAUUAAUAGAGAUUGACAAAAUGUCACCACAUCAAGGAAGAAUGAUCAUUUCAAAAUGCAACAAUCUAAGAUUAUUAGAAUGUUUUAAUGAUUUAAAUAAUUAUUUCGCUAAUUACUUACCUAAUUCUUAUCAAAUAACAGAAUAUGACAAUCAUUCUGAAAUAACAUGGUUUGUGAUGUCAACAUACAAUCAACUUAAACUAUGGGAAUUAUUAUUAAAUCAUAACUGUGAACCGACUAUUCAGUAUCAAAUAAAAAAAGCCGAUAGAAAUUGUAAUAUAUGUUUAUUUAGAUCAAAAUCGUGAAUUGUGAAGAGGUUCUUUUUUACUUUACCAUUACAUGUUUAUUUACUUCGUUAAUUUAUUUACUUAGUUCGUCCCCUCUCAAAAUAUCAUUAAUCUGUUUUUGCAAAAACUAAAAGGUAAAUAUUUUAUUUAUUAAAAUAUAAUAUCUAUUUAGACGAAUAAGAUUUGCUUUUAAAUUUUCUCUAUAUUUUCAUUAGUUCCCUGUUUGUUGAUCGGUAAUUAGUUGCACAAUUUCCACACUUCUUACAUAAUCAUUGUGAAACAGUUUAAUUGUGAACUUCCAAAGUAAAUCUGAGUUUUCUAUUGUUUAUGCUUAAACAGAAUAUUGUUCCUUGUUUGAUAGGAACACUUUUUCUUUUUGAUAAGUGACCAGUUCAUAUUCCUAACGAUUUAGUCGCUUAACGUUCCAUAAUUUGAUUAUUUUGUUAAUGGUGACUGCACCUAUCGGUAAAAAUAUUGUUCAGGUAUAUUUUGUUUACUCUGCACUCCUAUUAACUUUGACAGUGAUGCUCCUGAAUCAUUCUGUAAGCUUUUCUACGUUACUAUACAAAAUAUACUGCUAGUUAGAG